AUGCCUACCUUCGUCUUGGGCGGCAUCUGCUUAACCAUUUCCGGUCUCCUCGGACUACCUCUUCGCCGAAUUUCGGCAUGGGAAAACAAACGUACUUUAGGCAAGCUUGGCAAAGUGUCGCCAUCCCCACUCUUGGAGCCGGUCAACCUUGAAGAGGCCAAGAAUCCACUAGGCACAAGGUGUCUUUGCUGCCCCUGUCUGCAAAAUUUGUCGUGGUGUGCCAGGCGGGAAGAGACCAACUUGUAUUACGAUGAAGCUGGCGAGGCAAGAGAAGUGGGAAAGGAUGGGGCCGGCUAUGACGAUUACGAGACGGAAUAUUUGCAUGGCAAAAACCGGGACAUGAUCUACGGCAAUUCUGGCAAACCAAAUGGUCACCACGCGGACAGAACAGCAGCCCAGCUGGCCGAAGAACUAAUGCCACUUCGACCGGUAGAGUCGACUCUGCGAGAAAAUACCUCUUUUGGGCAGAAUUUUUCCGGCGUCAAGCAGUCAGACAAUCGUCCUCUCAAUCGUAUCGGUAGGGUCUUGUCGAAGCCAGGCGACAACCAGGAAAUUCUCAAUUAG